AAGCCAAUGAGUUCUUGCUAAAAGUUUCACUAAGAACUGUAUAUAUAACCAUGAUGAGAAUGGCUAGUUUCACGGUGGCUCUGAUGGUGAUAGCGGCGACAAUAACUAUUCGAGUUGAUGGACAUGCGUUUUCCCAUCACCAGGAAGUUAAAAUACGUAGACAUUUGAAGCGACUCAACAAGCCUGCUGUUAAAUCCAUUAAGAGUGAAGAUGGAGAUGUAAUAGAUUGUGUUCCUAUUACCAACCAGCCGGCUUUUGAUCAUCCUUUACUUAAACACCAUACCAUGCAGAUGAGACCGAGUUUCAUCCCUGAAAGUGAUUCAACGUACAUCAACGAAGAGACAAAGACUAUAAAUCAGGUUUGGCACAAGGCUGGAGAGUGUCCUGAUAACACUGUUCCCAUCAGAAGAACAAAGAAAGAAGAUCUCUUAAGACCUAAAUCCAUGAAGAGAUUUGGGAGAAAGCCUCAUCAUAGCAUCCCACGGACUACAACCUUUGAUCCAACAAAAGGUCAUCAGUACGCGAUAAUGGGUGCGAGGAACGGAAAGUUUUAUGGGACAGAAGUUGUUAUAAAUCUGUGGAAACCAUAUGUCCAAGUUCCUGACGAGUUUAGCCUGGCUCAGACUUGGAUUGUGUCCGGAUCUGGCUCUGGUCUUAACACCAUUGAAGCUGGUUGGCAGGUUUAUCCAGAACUAUAUGAUGAUAACAGACCUAGAUUCUUUGUUUACUGGACGCGUGAUGGAUAUCGAAGAACCGGGUGCUACAACCUUCUCUGCUCGGGUUUCGUUCAGACAAGUAAUCGAUAUUCAGUAGGUGGAGCUUACAACAUCGUGUCACGCUACGGUGGAACUCAGUACGAUAUCUCUAUACUUAUAUGGAAGGACCGGAAAACAGGAAACUGGUGGCUAAGGGUUGGCAAAGACAUCAUAGGUUACUGGCCUGGCAAGUUGUUCACUUCGCUAGGAAAUGGAGCUACGAGAGUUGAAUGGGGAGGUGAAAUCGUUAACUUAAAGACUGGUGGGAAACACACGGGCACGGACAUGGGAAGUGGGCAUUUUGCAGAUGAAGGUUACAAGAAAGCAAGCUAUGUCAGGAACCUUAAGAUAGUUGAUGAAACUAAUACUCUGAGAGAACCAAAGAGUCUUUACUACUUUGCUGAUAAACACAACUGUUACAAUGUGAAGACAGGAAAUGCUGGGACUUCUUGGGGGAUUCAUUUCUUCUAUGGUGGUCCAGGUCGUAACGUUAAGUGUCCUUGAUUUACAUAUGUGUUCGAAAGCUUUUGUGGAUUUCACAUAUAUAUAUAUUUAAAUAAGAUUAUGUUAAUUUGCUGGUGUGUGUAUGUGAGUGUGCUUAUGAUAAUAAACAUAAAAGUUUUAGAAGAAAAACUUCCACGUCAUGAGAGAUGAUCCCAUCUAUCAAUUGAUAUCAAUCUGGUUCAGCUUUGGAAUACGAGCAGAAUAAAGACGCAUUUAUUGGAAGUUAACUAGAAACACAGCUGUUUUAGAUGAAAUUCAAGAAAAUGUUUUUUUUUUUAACUUAGAUUCAAGAAAAUGUUAUAAAAUGCACGUUCUUUUUAUAAAUAAAAUGCACGUUUAAUAAAGUUAUAUACGUUUUUGACCGAAGAAAUAAAAAAAAAUUAAGUUAUAUACUUUUUGGUCUCAUUGUUUUCUUCCUUAUAACUAAAAUGACUAAUUAAUAUUAUCACUAAGCCGACGAAAUACAACGCUAUACUAAUACUUUGUGAAACAAUACUUAAAUGAUUUUCAAAAAACUUAAAUUCGUAUGUACAUAUAAUUUUUUUUUAUAUGUAUACACAAUAUUUUGUCAUGAUGUUACACUAUUCUCAACAAAGAGCUCUCUCGAGAAAUAAAAAAUAAAUUAAAAAAAAACAAAAAAUCUCAAGAAUAAUUAACAAGAAAUAAUAUAAUAGACGUGCGAACCUUGAUCAAGUAUGUUUUAAACCAUGAUGAUCGAAUCAAAGGCUACACAACCUAACAGUGAUUUGCGAUGACAUUUCCUCUCACAGUAAAUAUCUGACAUGUGCUGUUUCUCUUCAGAUAAGACCCAAUCUUUGAUUUUUUUUUGUGUAUGUGGUUGAUCUAACUCGACCAACAACAUUGAUUCUGUCCUUACUUCCCUUCAAUCCUGUCUUUACCACGACAAAACAUAGCUUAUAAAGUCAUUCUUUCUCAACGAUUUUUCUUUUGGAUUUGUGGAUAUCAAAAUGGGUAACGUUUCAUCUGCUCAAAGUUCAUCACCAUCUGUGCCGAUUGAUUCCACCUUGAUCUUCCUUCUCCAGUGUCACCUACCCAAAGUUCAUCACCAUCUUUCCUACUUCUAAUAUGUAGCCUAAUGAGUACAUAGUUUUAGUUAUGUUCUCUUUAUUCAGUUUGUUUGUUUCAUCUUUGGUUUUUUUUUUCCCAAAACCCAAAAAACGGACAUUGGUGGUUACAAUUUGGAGAGAAGUACAUAAUCGGAUACUGGCACUCUUCUCUUACUUAUCAGAAAGUGCAUCGAUGAUUGAAAUGGGGAAGUGAAGUGGUUAACUCGCAGCCCGAUGCAGGACAACACACUACCACUCAAAUGGGAAGUGGUUGGUUCGCAGAGGAAGGGUGGGGCAAACCGAGUUACUUCAAGAACGUUCAAGUAGUUGAUGGAUCUCGAAUAAAAAGAAACCCUAAAAAUCUUCAAGUGUUUACUGAUGAAGAGAACUGUUACAAUGUGAAGAGUGGCAAUGGAGGUUCUUGGGGAAGUCAUUUCUACUAUGGUGGUCCUGGCAAAACCCUAAUUGCCCUUGAGGAGCUUGUCUACUUACUUGCAUUGCAGGUCAUUCCAAAUUAGUCAUUAAUUGUAUAAAACAUAUAUUAUAUACACAUUCUUACAUAUAUUGUUUUCAGAUUCACCAGAGUGGAUUAGGGUUUGUUUAUGUUUUGUUUCAGAGUGUUUCUCUGUUUCUAUGGACUUAAGAGAAGAUACACUUCUUUAAAGUACAUGGUCCCAUGUGUAUACUGAAAUCUUUAUGAUUAUGUAUUUAUAAUUGCUUUGUUUAUGUAAA